AUGAAGGCCAACUCGGAGCUAGCUUGGGACAACUACAAAAAGUCUCAGCAAGCUUACAAAAAGUUAAUAAGAACCAGCAAGAGGACGGCCUGGAAGACCUUCUGCAAAGAAACCGAGGCACUACCUGUAGUUGCCAGGUUAAGGAAGACUCCAAACGGAAGUCUGACGAACAACCACAGAGAAACAGUAGAACACCUUAUUCAAACUCAUUUCCCAGGCUCAGCAGCAGAGGAUCGGGAGCGGCGCCGUAGCGAUAACGCGCACACCGAUCCCGCUCCAGCGGACUGGGGAAUAGCUGAAAAGGUGAUAAAUACGGACAGGGUGAAGUGGGCUAUCGGCUCCUUCAAAAGAUUCAAGAGCCCAGGCACUGACGGGAUCUUCCCAGCACUCCUUCAAGAGGGUGGGGAGGGCCUGUACAGGCGCCUGAGCCAGAUCUUCAAAUCCUGCCUAGCGAAGGGCUAUGUACCCAAAGCCUGGAGAUACUCCAAUGUAGUGUUCAUCCCGAAACCAGGAAAGAACAACUAUGACCUUGCCAAGUCGUAUAGACCCAUCAGCCUCACCUAUUUCUUGCUUAAAACACUGGAGAGGCUGGUUGAUAGGUACAUCAGAGACGAGGCUAGCAAACCGCUGCACCCCUCUCAUCACGCCUACCAAAACGGCAAAUCCACUGAGACGGCACUUCACAACCUGGUAGGUUCUAUCGAAGGUGCACUGUCGAACACUGAAUCUGCUCUCUACAUCUUCCUCGACAUCAAGGGGGCGUUCGACAACACCCCUCAUGAUGCUAUACAGGAAGUCGCGAUGAGAUACAAUAUUAAGGACUCCGUGGUAAGAUGGAUCCACAAUAUGCUGACGAACAGAACAGUCACAACAAGCCUGGGAGAGGAGACGGUGAGGGCCGACGUCGCGAGGGGCUGCCCGCAGGGAGGAGUCCUGUCCCACCUGCUGUGGACCCUUGUGGUUGACCAACUGGUACGUAUACUCACUACAGAAGGCUUUGAGGUCCAGGGUUACGCCGACGAACUUACGAUUACGGUCAGAGGCAGACACCCACUAGAGUUAGCGAGGAGGUUGCAAAAGGCUAUCGCACUCGUGGAAUCCUGGGGUCGAUCACACUCGCUCUCGGUAAAUCCGAGCAAAACGGAAUUGGUCCUAUUCACAAGAAGAAGACGCUUUUACUUUAAGGCUCCUCAUCUUUUUGGGACGCAACUACAACUCACAGAUGAGAAUGUUUUGCCCCACAUGGGGACUCAAACCAAGGAUGGUCAGGUGGAUAUACCAGGCCAUCCUUGCACCUAUUAUAACAUACGCCUCGAUUGUGUGGUGGACCUCCAUGAAGAGGGGAGCACACAGAAGGACAGUAGAAAGAAUUUACCAAAAGCGUUGCUGGGGAUAACAGGUGCGCUCGCCACCACGCCCACUAUGGCAAUGGGUGCGCUGCUCGACAUCAAGCCACCCCAUCUAGUAGUGAUGGCAACGGCUUGGAGAGCGGCCCUCCGCCUGCAUCAAGCUCAAGAAUGGUACCCGGCGAGCGAAAAGGAGAAAUGGCUGGAAGACGCUAACGACAUCCUGACCCCGGGGGGACUAGUCUGGUUCACAGACGGCUCCAAGACCGGAUCUGGCACCGGAGCCGGGGUAGCGGGGGAGAGCCCAAGGGUUGAAAUGACCCACAAGUUGGGCCACCACGUUACGGUCUUCCAAGCAGAAGUGUUUGCCAUCUGGGCCUGCGCCAAAUACAAUUUGGAAAGGGCCCACUCAGGGAAACACAUCUAUACUUGCAGUGACAGCCUGGCCGCGCUAAGAGCCCUCCACAAAGUGGAAGUUGGGUCGAAGCUAGUCAGGGACUGUGCACUGACAUUGAGACAGCUAUCUCUGAAUAACAGAGUUAAGCUGCUAUGCGUACCAGGUCAUGCUGGUAUCCCAGGCAACGAGGGGGCUAACGAAAUGGCACGACUGGGGGCGAUAAGCUCCCAGCCAUGCCAUGAGUACCCCAUGGGUGUCUCAACCUAUGUGUUGAAAGGCCUGGCCAAGAACUGGUUAAACCAGGAAUUCACCAGGCUCUGGCAUAACGCUAACGGCAUGAGACACACGAGGGCCCUACUUGAGGGACCGUCACAAGAGUUGGGGGGCACUUUAACCCACCUGGACAGGGCGCAACUGCGCAUGCUCGUGAGCCUAGUGACAGGACACUGGUACACGAGGAAACAUCUUGCGCGCAUGGGACUCAUAGAGGAGUCGACAUGCCCGAGAUGUGAGGAGGAGGACGAAACACCCCUCCACGUACUCCUAAGAUGCAGGGAGCUGGGGGCCCUGAGAGGAUCAAUCCUGGGGAUCUCGGAACCCGCAUCAUUAAGCAUUUCGGCUGGCCUGGUGCCGGUGCUUCUAAAUUUUGCAACAGAAGCCCAGCUGCCAAGGCACAGCCAGUAA